AUGGCCUCGGAGGUGGUGUGCGGGCUCAUCUUCAGGCUGCUGCUCCCCAUCUGCCUGGCAGUAGCAUGUGCAUUCCGGUACAAUGGACUCUCCUUCGUCUACCUCAUCUACCUCUUGCUCAUCCCUCUGUUUUCAGAACCAACGAGAGCGACGAUGCAAGGACACACGGGACGGUUGUUAAAGUCUCUGUGCUUCACCAGUCUUUCCUUCCUGAUACUGCACAUCAUUUUUCACAUCACGUUGGCUAGCCUUGAAGCUCGACACCAUAUUGCACCUGGUUACAACUGCUCAACGUGGGAAAAGACAUUUCGGCAGAUUGGCUUUGAAAGCUUAAAGGGAGCUGACGCUGGCAAUGGGAUCAGAGUGUUUGUACCUGAUAUUGGGAUGUUCAUCGCUAGUCUGACCAUCUGGCUCAUCUGCAGAAACAUCGUUCAGAAACCAGUGACAGAAGAAGCAGCACAGUAUAACCUGGAGUUUGAAAAUGAAGAAUCGGCUGGAGGAGAAAAACUAGAUUCGGAAGAGGCACUGAUCUAUGAAGUAGAUUUAGACGAAGGAGAUGGUGUUGAAGGCGAGAUGGAAGAAAGCACAAAACUGAAAAUCUUCCGCAGGUUUGCCUUUGUGGCUUCCAAGCUGAAGGAGUUUAUUGGCAACAUGAUAACCACCGCUGGAAAAGUAGUUGUGACGAUUUUACUGGGUUCAUCAGGUAUGAUGCUGCCCUCUCUGACCUCCUCUGUCUACUUUUUUGUAUUUUUGGGUCUGUGCACCUGGUGGUCCUGGUGCCGGACGUUCGACCCAUUGCUGUUCAGCUGCCUCUGUGUUCUCCUGGCUAUCUUCACCGCGGGACACUUGAUUGGACUUUAUUUAUACCAGUUCCAAUUCUUUCAAGAAGCAGUCCCACCCAAUGAUUACUAUGCAAGGUUGUUUGGUAUCAAAUCAGUUAUUCAAACAGACUGUUCCAGCACGUGGAAGAUCGUAGCAAACCCAAGCCUGAAAUGGUACCACCACGCCAACCCCAUCCUGCUGCUGGUGAUGUACUACACGCUGGCAACUCUGAUCCGCAUCUGGCUGCAGGAGCCGCUUGUGCAGGAUGAGAAGACCAAGGAGGAGAGAGCCCUGCCCUGCAGUCCCAUCCAGAUAACAGCUGAGAGGAGGCGGAGCCUGUGGUAUGCAACCCAUUACCCAACUGAUGAGAGAAAACUUUUAUCCAUGACCCAAGAUGACUACAAACCAUCUGACGGCCUGCUGGUCACCGUGAAUGGCAACCCUGUGGACUACCACACCAUCCACCCCAGUCUCCCCAUCGAGAAUGGCCCCGCCAAAGCCGAGCUGUACUCCACGCCGCAGUACCGGUGGGAGUCCUCGGACGACUCUGCAGAAAAGAAAGAGGAAGAAGAGGAUGAGAAAGAAGAAUUUGAAGAGGAGAGGAGCCAUGAGGAAAAAACAAGCGUGAAAGUCCAUGCCAUGGUCUCUGUGUUCCAGUUUAUUAUGAAACAAAGUUACAUCUGUGCGCUCAUUUCCAUGAUGGCUUGGAGCAUCACCUAUCACAGCUGGCUGACUUUCGUGCUGUUGAUUUGGUCAUGCACUCUUUGGAUGAUUCGCAACAGAAGAAAAUAUGCCAUGAUCAGCUCUCCUUUCAUGGUUGUCUAUGCAAAUCUAUUGCUGAUAUUACAAUAUAUAUGGAGUUUUGAACUUCCAGAAAUUAAAAAGGUCCCAGGAUUUUUGGAAAAGAAAGAUCCAGGAGAACUUGCCUCCAAGAUACUUUUCACCAUUACUUUUUGGCUACUACUGAGGCAACACCUCACAGAGCAAAAAGCUCUUCGAGAAAAGGAAGCUCUUUUAUCUGAGGUCAAAAUUGAAACUCAGGAAAUUGAAGAAAAAGAUGAUGAAGAAGAAACACAAGUGGAAGGAGAUGCUGAAGAGAGGGAGGAAGAAGAGGAAGAAAUGGAAGAGAAGCAAGAGAGUAAGAAAGAAGAGGAGGAGGAGGAGGUGGAAGAAGAUGAUGACCAGGACAUCAUGAAAGUCCUUGGCAAUUUGGUGGUGGCCAUGUUCAUUAAGUACUGGAUCUACGUCUGCGGAGGGAUGUUCUUCUUCGUCAGCUUCGAGGGUAAAAUCGUGAUGUACAAAAUCAUCUACAUGGUGCUGUUUCUGUUCUGUGUGGCCUUGUACCAGGUGCACUAUGAAUGGUGGAGAAGAAUUCUAAAAUAUUUUUGGAUGUCUGUGGUUAUUUACACUAUGCUGGUGCUUAUCUUUAUAUACACAUAUCAGUUUGAAAACUUCCCAAGUCUGUGGCAAAAUAUGACUGGAUUGAAGAGAGAAAAGCUUGAGGAUCUCGGCUUAGAACAGUUCAGCCUGGCUGAACUAUUCACUCGCAUAUUCAUCCCAACCUCCUUUCUGCUGGUGUGCAUUUUACACCUUCACUAUUUUCAUGACCGGUUCCUGGAACUCACAGACCUGAAUUCCAUUCCCAGCAAGGAAGACAGCCCCAUCUACAGGCUGGCCCACCCUGAAGGAAGCCUGCCAGACCUCGCCAUGCUGAACCUGACCACCAGCCCGGAGAAGCCAGAGGAGAAGCAGGUGGUUGAGUUUGGUGAGGAGAAACCAGAGGGAUGCUCUGAAAAAGUGGAGAAGGGUGAGCUUGGGAAAGACAGCAGCGAGGAGGAGGAGGAAGAGGAGGAGGAAGAAGAUGAAGAGGAGGAAGAGACAUCAGAUUUAAGGAACAAAUGGCACCUGGUGAUUGACCGCCUCACAGUGCUCUUCCUCAAGUUCCUGGAGUACUUCCACAAGCUGCAGGUGUUCAUGUGGUGGAUUUUGGAGUUGCAUAUCAUCAAAAUUGUUUCAUCAUACAUUAUCUGGGUCUCUGUGAAAGAGGUGUCUGUGUUCAACUAUGUAUUUUUGAUUUCUUGGGCUUUUGCUCUGCCAUACACCAAGCUACGCCGUCUGGCUUCAAGUGUCUGCACUGUCUGGACAUGUGUGAUCAUCGUCUGCAAAAUGUUGUACCAGCUGCAAACCAUUAAGCCUGAGAAUUUUUCUGUUAACUGUUCCUUGCCAAAUGCGAAUGAAACAGACAUACCCCUCAACCAGUUGAAUAAGUCUCUACUCUACAACACUCCUGUGGAUCCAACAGAGUGGGUGGGCCUGAGGAAGUCUUCGCCAUUGCUUGUCUACCUGAGGAAUAAUCUGCUGAUGCUGGCCAUUCUGGCCUUUGAGGUCACUGUUUACCGCCAUCAGGAGUACUACCGUGGACGAAACAACCUCACGGCCCCUGUAUCUAAAACCAUCUUUCAUGACAUUACAAGACACCAUCUGGAUGAUGGAAUUAUUAACUGUGCCAAAUAUUUCAUAAAUUACUUCUUCUAUAAGUUUGGUCUGGAGACCUGUUUCCUACUGUCAGUUAACGUGAUCGGUCAGCGAAUGGAUUUCUAUGCCAUGAUUCACGCCUGCUGGCUGAUCGCCGUCUUGUAUCGACGCAGAAGAAAAGCCAUUGCGGAGAUCUGGCCCAAGUACUGCUGCUUCCUGGCCUGCAUCAUCACGUUCCAGUACUUCAUCUGCAUCGGCGUCCCCCCUGCGCCCUGCAGAGAUUACCCAUGGAGAUUCAAGGGUUCCAACUUCAAUGACAACAUCAUAAAGUGGCUGUACUUCCCAGACUUCAUUGUGCGGCCCAACCCCGUGUUUCUUGUCUAUGACUUCAUGCUGCUUCUGUGUGCCUCCUUACAAUGGCAGAUUUUUGAGGAUGAAAAUAAGGCUGCAGUACGAAUCAUGGCAGGGGACAAUGUGGAGAUUUGCAUGAGCCUUGAUGCGGCCUCCUUCAGCCAAUAUAACCCAGUCCCAGAUUUCAUUCACUGCAGAUCAUACUUAGAUAUGUCCAAAGUGAUCAUCUUUAGCUACCUCUUCUGGUUCGUCCUCACCAUCAUCUUCAUCACCGGGACAACACGGAUCAGCAUCUUUUGCAUGGGCUACUUGGUGGCCUGCUUCUAUUUCCUGCUCUUUGGGGGUGAUUUGCUAUUGAAACCUAUCAAGAGCAUCCUGCGUUAUUGGGACUGGCUGAUUGCUUACAACGUCUUUGUGAUUACAAUGAAAAACAUACUGUCAAUAGGAGCAUGUGGAUACAUUGACAAAUUGGUUAAAAAUAGUUGCUGGUUGAUCCAAGCUUUCAGCCUGGCCUGCACAGUCAAAGGCUAUAAAAUGCCUGAUGCUACUUCCUCAUGUAAACUACCCAGUGGUGAAGCAGGAAUCAUUUGGGACAGUAUAUGUUUUGCCUUCCUCCUGCUGCAGAGAAGAGUUUUUAUGAGUUACUAUUUCCUACACGUUGUGGCGGAUAUAAAAGCUUCACAGAUCCUGGCAUCGAGAGGGGCUGAACUUUUCCAAGCCACAAUUGUAAAGGCUGUGAAAGCAAGAAUUGAGGAAGAGAAAAAGUCAAUGGAUCAGCUGAAGAGGCAGAUGGAUCGCAUUAAGGCCAGGCAACAGAAAUACAAAAAGGGUAAGGAGAGGAUGCUGAGCUUGACCCAGGAGUCAGGGGAAGGCCAAGACAUCCAAAAACUCUCUGAAGAGGAUGACGAAAGAGAAGCAGACAAACAGAAAGCCAAGGGCAAAAAAAAGCAGUGGUGGCGGCCUUGGGUUGAUCAUGCUUCCAUGGUCAGGAGUGGAGACUAUUAUUUGUUUGAAACGGAUAGUGAAGAGGAGGAAGAGGAAGAAUUAAAAAAGGAAGAUGAAGAACCUCCAAGAAAGUCAGCUUUCCAGUUUGUUUAUCAAGCCUGGAUUACUGAUCCUAAAACAGCACUCCGACAGAGGCGUAGAGAGAAAAAAAUGUCUGCAAGAGAAGAACAGAAAAGAAAGAGGAAAGGAUCUGGGGAGGGUCCUGUGGAGUGGGAAGACCAAGAGGAUGAGCCAGUUAAAAAGAAAUCCGAUGGACCAGAUAACAUCAUCAAGAGGAUAUUUAAUAUUCUGAAAUUUACCUGGGUGCUCUUUCUGGCCACCGUGGACAGUUUCACCACUUGGCUCAACUCCAUUUCAAGGGAGCAUAUUGACAUAUCCACAGUGUUGAGAAUUGAAAGAUGCAUGCUGACCAGAGAAAUUAAAAAGGGCAACGUUCCCACUCGGGAAAGCAUCCACAUGUACUAUCAGAACCACAUCAUGAACCUCUCCAGAGAGUCUGGACUGGACACCAUUGACGAACGUCCUGGUGCUGCGUCAGGUGCACAGACAGCCCGCAGAAUGGAUAGCACAGAUUCACAUGACAGUAUCUCCAGCGAGCCCACGCAGUGCACCAUGCUGUAUUCGCGCCAGGGGACCACCGAGACCAUCGAGGAGGUGGAGGCUGAGCAGGACGAGGUGGAGGCCAGCCAGGACGUGGAGGCCCAGCAGGACAAGGACGUGGGGGUCCAGGACAGCGACGAUGAUGAGGGCAGUGAGGCCGAGGUGGACUUGGGGCCAGAUGGGCAUGAGGGGUCUGAUGAGGAGGAGGAUGAAGAAGAGGAGGAGGAGGAGGAAGAGGAAGUGGAAGAAGAGGCAGAGGAGGCCCAGGACUCUGAGGAGUCCGAGGAGGCCGGCCUCACCCCGGACACUGAGCUACCACGGUCCUUCACGGAGGACGGAGACAUGGAGGUCCCGCCGUCCUACAGCAAGGCGGUCAGCUUCGAGCGCCUGUCCUUCGGCUCGCAGGAGGACUCCGCCGGGCCCAGCCGCAUGGCUGUCAGCCCUGACGACAGCCGCUCGGAGGACAGGCUGGGGUCCAGCAUCCUCCCGUCCCUGACGCACGAGCUGACGGCCAGCGAGCUGCUGCUGAACAAGAUGUUUCACGAUGACGAGCUGGAGGAGUCGGAGAAGUUCUACGUGGACCAGCCGCGGUUCUUGCUGCUGUUCUACGCCAUGUACAACACGCUGGUGGCCCGCUCAGAGAUGGUGUGCUACUUUGUGAUCAUCCUGAACCACAUGGUCUCUGCCUCCGUGAUCACCCUCGUGCUCCCCAUUCUGAUCUUCCUCUGGGCCAUGCUGUCUGUGCCAAGGCCCAGCAGACGGUUCUGGAUGAUGGCCAUUGUCUACACAGAGGUGACAAUUGUGAUCAAAUAUUUCUUCCAAUUUGGGUUCUUUCCCUGGAAUAAGCUUGUGGAAUUGAACAAGGACAAACCUUUCUACCCAACUAAUAUUAUAGGCGUGGAAAAGAAAGAUGGUUAUGUUCUGUAUGAUCUCAUUCAGCUCCUGGCUCUUUUCUUCCACCGAUCAAUUUUGAAGUGCCACGGCUUAUGGGAUGAAGAUGACAUUGCGGACAGUGGCACCGAUAAGGAAGAGUCAGAUGAAGAGCAGUCCCUCAGUCACGGCAGAAGGGACUCCUCUGAUUCUCUGAAAUCCAUCAACCUGGCUGCGUCCACGGAGUCAGUGCACGUGUCCUUCCCUGAGCAGCUGACGGCUGUCCGGAGGAACCGUUCGAACAGCGGCUCCCAGAUAUCCCACAGAUCCAGCUUUUCUUCAAAUAGGUCUCAAAGAGGCAGCACAAGCACUCGAAACAGCAGUCAAAAGGGAAGCAGUGUUUUGAGCAUCAAGCAAAGAAGCAAAAGGGAACUUUACCUGGAAAAGCUUCAAGAACAUUUAAUCAGAGCAAAAGCACUUACCAUAAAGAAGACUCUGCAAAUAUAUGUGCCCAUCAGACAGUUCUUCUACAACCUCAUCAACCCAGACUACAGUGCCGUGACCGACGUAUAUGUGCUUAUGUUCCUGGCUGACACUGUGGACUUCAUCAUCAUCGUCUUUGGCUUUUGGGCCUUCGGGAAACACUCAGCAGCGGCAGACAUCACGUCUUCUCUGUCUGAGGACCAGGUGCCCGGGCCAUUUCUGGUGAUGGUCCUCAUUCAGUUUGGAACCAUGGUGGUGGACCGAGCACUGUACCUCAGAAAGACCGUAUUGGGAAAGGUCAUUUUUCAGGUCAUUCUUGUGUUUGGAAUUCACUUCUGGAUGUUCUUCAUCUUGCCUGGAGUGACUGAGCGGAAAUUCAGCCAAAACCUGGUUGCUCAGCUUUGGUACUUUGUAAAAUGUGUUUACUUUGGGUUGUCUGCCUACCAAAUCCGUUGUGGCUACCCUACACGAGUGCUUGGAAACUUCCUCACAAAGAGCUACAAUUACGUCAACCUCUUCCUGUUUCAAGGGUUCCGCCUUGUUCCAUUUUUGACUGAGCUAAGGGCUGUGAUGGACUGGGUGUGGACAGACACGACCUUGAGCCUCUCCAGCUGGAUCUGUGUGGAGGAUAUCUAUGCUCACAUAUUCAUCCUGAAGUGUUGGCGGGAGUCGGAAAAAAGAUACCCUCAGCCCCGGGGGCAGAAGAAGAAGAAAGUGGUGAAGUAUGGCAUGGGAGGCAUGAUCAUCGUUCUGCUCAUCUGCAUUGUCUGGUUCCCUCUUCUCUUCAUGUCUUUGAUCAAAUCUGUUGCCGGCGUGAUCAACCAGCCCCUGGAUGUCUCGGUCACAAUCACCUUGGGUGGUUACCAGCCUAUUUUCACAAUGAGUGCCCAGCAAAGCCAACUGAAAGUUAUGGACAAGCUCAAGUUUGAUUUCUUUACGAAAGCGUUCUCUAGUGACACUGGUGCUAUGCAAUUUCUGGAAAAUUAUGAAAAAGAAGACAUAACAGUAGCAGAACUGGAAGGAAACUCAAAUUCUUUAUGGACCAUCAGCCCUCCCAGUAAGCAGAAAAUGAUACACGAACUCCUGGACCCCAAUAGUAGCUUCUCUGUUGUUUUUUCAUGGAGUAUUCAGAGAAACAUGAGUCUGGGUGCAAAAGCAGAAAUAGCAACAGAUAAACUUUCUUUUCCUCUUAAAAAUAUUACUCGAGAGAAUAUAGCUAAAAUGAUAGCUGGCAACGACACACAAAGUUCCACAACGCCAGUGACUAUAGAAAGGAUCUACCCAUAUUACGUGAAAGCACCUAGUGAUUCUAACUCCAAACCUAUAAAGCAACUUUUAUCUGAAAAUAAUUUCAUGAAUAUCACCAUCAUUUUGUACCGAGAUAAUACAACCAAAUCUAACAGUGAGUGGUGGGUUCUCAAUCUGACUGGAACUAGACUCUACAAUCAGCAUGCCCAGGCCUUAGAGCUGGUGGUCUUCAAUGACAAAGUCAGCCCCCCCAGUCUGGGCUUCCUGGCUGGCUAUGGUAUCAUGGGACUGUAUGCUUCAGUUGUCCUUGUGAUUGGGAAGUUUGUCCGAGAGUUCUUCAGUGGGAUUUCUCACUCCAUCAUGUUUGAAGAGCUUCCAAAUGUGGACCGAAUUUUGAAGCUGUGCACGGACAUAUUUUUAGUUCGAGAGACAGGGGAACUGGAACUAGAGGAAGAUCUCUAUGCCAAAUUAAUAUUCCUGUACCGCUCACCAGAAACCAUGAUCAAAUGGACUAGAGAAAAAACAAAUUGA